AUGGUACUCGGGUUUUCUUCUUGGGCUGAAUUUUACGUCUAUGCGACGUGUAUUCUUUUGGGUGUCUCUAUGUUGAUGCCAAUGAAUGCCCUGACAUCAGCACCACGGUACAUGGUGGAUUACUACCGUUAUGUAACAGGGAACCCCAAGGCCGAACCCAACUUGCCGGUCUUUUGGGCCAACAUUUUCACCUUUUAUAAUGUUGUUUCGUUGGUGACGCAGAUUAUAUGUGGACCUACCGUAUUGACCCGCUUGGCGAGGAGACUGUCUCUCAGCAACCGCUUUAUUUUUGCGCUUACAUCUAUGAUGCUGGAGGUUCUCGUGAUAGUUGUGCUUCCGACGGGAAAAAUCUCACAGAAUUCCGCCAUCGUCGCGUUUAUUAUUGUCACGAUUGUGGCGGGUGCAGGCAAGUCAUACUUGGAGGCAACGUGCUACGUGUUGGCUGGAACCAUGCCCCCGAAGUUCAUGUCAGCCGUCAUGUUUGGUUGUGGCUUCUCGGGUCUGAUUGCGUCGACGAUGCAGUCUAUCAUUAAGGCAUCCAUGGUGAACACUUAUGAAUCGGCACUCACGCAGGCGCACAUUUACUUCUCACUUGCGUUGGGAAUUAUGCUUAUCUCGCUCAUCAUGGCACUGUUGCUGCGGUACAACUCCUUUGCCCAGACGUACGUUGCCGAAUACCGCAUGCUGAAACGCUCCCAGGAUGAAGAAAGGCGGAAUGCCGAGGUUUUGGAUGGAUGCUACUUGGAAGAAGUGAAGAACGGGGGCAAUUAUACUGUGGACAAGGAUGAACCAAACGCUGGAAAGGAUUCCGUCGGAGAUAGCGAGAGCUCACCGGAUGCUGCUGAGGCCAAUAUGACAACUGCGGAGCAGCUGUUGGCAACACCUGUGAUCCCAGUGAUAAAGAAGAUUUAUUCAAUGCAGAUUGCAUGUUUUUGCUCCUUCUUUUUGGCACUCAUCAUUUUCCCCAGCUUUGUGAUUCCCAUUGACCGCGCCCACGAAUGGUUUGCUACCAUUGCUGUCCUUUGUUACAACGGUGGCGAUGCCGCUGGCCGGUUCUUGACAUCCUUCAAGGUGUUUUGGGUUUCUCGUCGCGUCACGCUGUAUGCGAUCUUCGCCCGUUUCCUGUUUAUCCCGCUGAUAUUUUUGUGUAUCUAUCACUACAUUCCUGGCCAUGUCGCGCCUUGCAUUUUCAUGUUCCUUAUUGGCCUGACGAACUUCUUUGGUGCACUGACGAUGGUCUACGGCCCCGGCACACCGGAUCUGAAGACGGAUGGGGAGAGGGUGAUGGCUGGGCAGCUUAUGGGAAUUGCGCUGCUGGGAGGUGCAUCUUUUGCGUCUCUCGUUGCUAUGGGUGUAGUGAUAGUCUUGCCGUAG